GCGCAAGGGUGCAAAGGUGCAAAGCAAAACGAAAGAUACCAAGCAGAAGAAGGGAAAGACGCAACCAGACAAGCGCAAGGGCAAAGAUGUGAAGGAAGUGCGGAAGCCUGCGCUCAAGAUGAAAGCGCCAGGAGGUGAGAGGAAAGAACCACGGCGUGUUACCUUUGCAGGGACGAAGGUAGUGAAUCAAGGCAAGCCUAGUGCGGCCAAAGAGAAACCAAAGCUGGACGUGAGAGCAAUUCAAGAGACUAUCAACAAGAUGGCUGAUGCUGCGGCGGCUCGCAAGAAGGAGGCUGCAGCUACUGCCAAGAAAGAUGCCAAGGCUGAGAAGAUUAUGGCUCUCAAUGCAAAGGUUGAGAAAGUUCUUCCAAAGAUCAAAUCUCCAGCUGGUGUGACAACACCUCCCUGCAGGGUCCGCUCAAAGUCAUCGCCAAGGCCAAGUCCUACUGAGAAUGGGACUGAAAAACGAAAGAGUUCGGCUUUGGAGACAGCUGCGAAGAAGGCUCAGGCUGUAGCAGAGCUGGAUGCUCAGGAAGGAAUGAUGACAUUCUUGGAAGAUUUGAAGAAGGAACUGCAGGUCAGGGGCGAAUCUGUUUCUGACUCUGUGGCAGCCGUGUUGAAGAGCAAAGUGCUUGACGCAAAGGAGGCAGAAGGCAGCGAUGACGAUGGUUCAAACGCUGACACAGAGGCUGAUGAUGACGAGGGG